AUGAUCCGAGCAAUUGAUAAGGCCGCCAUUCACCGCAUAUGCUCGGGACAGGUGGUAUUGGACGUGGCGGCGGCGGUGAAGGAGCUGGUGGAGAACAGCCUGGACGCGGGGGCGACGAGCGUGGAGGUGCGCUUGAAGGACUUCGGCGCGGAGCUCAUCGAGGUGGCGGACAACGGCUGUGGCGUCGCGCCUCCCAACUGGCAGGCACUGACCCUCAAGUACCACACGUCCAAGAUCACCCAUUUCUCUGACCUCCAAUCGCUCUCCUCCUUCGGCUUUCGAGGGGAAGCCCUCUCCUCCCUCUGCGCCCUUGCUGACGUCACCAUCACCACACGCACCGCCAACGAGCCAAUCGCAACGCGCCUGGUGUUCGACCAUUCGGGAAAGCUCCUACCCGGGCCUCGGGAACAGGUCGCUCGGGCAGUCGGAACGACGGUUAGCGUGGCGAAGAUUUUCUCGCCGCUGCCCGUGCGGCGGCGGGAGUUCGAGCGGAACGUGCGGCGCGAGUUUGCGAAGCAGGUGAGCGUCUUGCAGGCGUACUGCGUGGUGUCCACACACGCGCGCAUCCUCUGCACCAAUCAGAGCGGGCGGAGCAGCGCGCGCACCACUGUGGUGCAGACAGCUGGCACGGGGUCGAUGCGUGAGAACAUCAUCGCUGUUUUCGGCGCCAAGGCUGCUGCGGGCCUGGACCCCGUCGAUAUCACCUUCCCUCUCUCCCCUGCUGCCGCCGCUGCUGCUCCUGCUCCUCCUGCUCUUGCUCCUCCUGCUGCUGCGACCGGUGCAGCUGCCACUGCCCCUGCGACACUACCAGCCUCCUGCUGCAGAGUAACCGGGUUUAUAUCCAGGCCAGGGGCGGGCAGUGGCAGGUCAGCGGGCGACCGGCAGUUCUUCUUCCUCAACGGCCGCCCAGUGGACCUGCCGCGCCUCUCCAAGCUGCUCAACGAGCUCUACCGCUCCUUCAACUCCCUGCAGUUCCCCGCCGCUUUCCUAAACGUUUCGCUUAGCGCGGACGCGUAUGAUGUGAAUGUGACCCCGGAUAAGCGCAAGGUGUUUCUGCACUCCGAGGCGGCUCUGCUUUCGGGGCUGCGAGCAGCGUUAUCGGAGUUUUAUUCUCCGGAUAGGUAUGUCUACCGGGCCGCGCCGGCUGGUUCGGUGGGGAAAGGGUUAGAGGAACGGGUGAGGAGGGAGGUUGGGGAGAAGGGAGGGGUGAGAAGGGGUGUGAGUAGAGGGGUAGGGGAUGGUGAGGAUGAGGGGGACAGUGGCGAGGAGGGAGAGGAAGAGGGGGAGGGACGGAGGAAGCGAGUGAGGGUGAGUAGUGAUGGUGGUGGUGCUGCUGCUGGUGCUGGUGCAAGAGGGGGUGGUGCAAUAAUGGAGGAGGAGGAAGGCGGGGAGGUGGAGGAAGAUGAGGGGGACAGAAGGGAGCCUCUACAUCAGUUUGAGCGCGGGGAGGGAGGGGGAAAAGCAAUGCUAGGGCAAGCAGUGGGGGAAGCAGCACAAGAGGAGGCAGACAGAAGCAAGGAUGUUACGUGUGUUGGCGGCACAGCAGAACGGAUCUCGCUGUCUGGGGGGGUAGUGAGUGGAAGGGAGCAGGCACGUGCAUGGCAGGGGUAUGAGACGCGGCACAAGGCAGCGGCUGAGCGACAGAGAGGCUGGCAGAGGGCGCAGCAAAAUGAGGAAGAGAAAGAGGAAGAGGAAGCGGAAACGGAAGAGGAAGCGGAAGAGUUAGAGGAAGAAGAUGAGGAAGAGGAGAGGGAGAGUGCGGGAGCCAAUGUGGGAAGGAGGGAUGAAAGCAGCAGGGCACUGAGGGGAGGGGGGCAGCGAUCCUUGGCGGGGGUUGCUGCUCAGGCGCAGGGGAUGGGAAGAGGGGGGGUGCGGAGGGGAAGGGGGGGAGGAGAGAGCAGUGGAGGGGUGGAAAUGGCGCGGGGAGGUGCGGAUGGGAGACAGGCGGGGCUUGAUGCUUGGCUGGGGAAGAGGGGCGGGGGAGAACGAGGGGGCGGGGGAAGCGGGGGAGGCAAGAUGACCGGAGUGGAUGGGGGGGGACGUGUGAAAGGGAGAGCUGGGGAUGGUUCUGCGGAGGACUGUGGGAAGGGGAAAGCAGUGGAGAGUGGCGAGGAUGAGAGGGAGGAGGAUGAGGAUAGUGAGGAGGUAAGGGAAGUGGAGCAGGUAGAUGGGGAGGGAGGGGGAAUGCAAGUGGAAAGGGGUGUGAGUCACGAUGCGGGAAGGAAUGAUGCUGCCCAAUGUGGGGUUGAUGGUGGCUUGCAAGAGGCAACCCGGGAUGAGUGGGCAGGAAAAAAUGUUUUGGAUCUGCCCCUGAUGACUCAAGAAAUGACCCAGGCUGUCCUUCCCGAACUGGUUGGCUCACAACUGCUGCCCGGCACCCAGGUGCCCGGGCAGCAAGAAUGCUCUGUGGUGGCUGUGGCAGAGGGGGCAGGGAAGGGGAGAUGUUGUGGCGAGCACGCUGGGGAGUUGGAAGGAGAGGAGGGACAAGAGAGGAGCGAGGGAGGGGAGAGGAUAGAAGGAAUGGAGACGGAAGAGGGGGCUGCAUUGGGUGCGAACCGAGUGGCACGGUCAAGGGAAGGGUGGGAGGUGAGGGGCGGAGAGGGCAGCGUGCAGGUGCCGUUUGACAUGCAGCGCUUGCAGCAGGUGUGGCGGAGGCGAGCUGAGAUGCGGGAGCGAGAGGCUAGGGAGAAGAGGCAUGGGAGAAGGGGAGUGGCAGGGCACGGCAAGAGCGAGAGGCAAAGAAGCUUUGCAGCGGCGUCGGUGGCAGAUGGUGCGCGUAACCCUGCCCACAGCAGUGGUGGAAGGAAGACUCAGCAUGAAGGGGAGGGCAAGGAGGCUGCGUUGGAGGCAGCAGCUAGGGAGCUGGAGCGGCGGUUUGACAAGCACGACUUUGCUAGCAUGGCUGUUAUUGGCCAGUUCAACCUUGGGUUCAUCAUUGGACGGCUGGGAUCUGAUCUCUUCAUCGUGGACCAGCAUGCAUCGGACGAGAAGUUCAACUUUGAGCGCCUCAUGCAAUGCACCGUGCUCAACAGGCAGCCGCUGCUCGUGUGA